UCUCUCUCUCUCUCUCUCUCUCUCUCUCAUACACAGUUCUCACACCCAGUCUCUCUCUCUUAAACACGACAAUAGUGCGAGGGUAGGGUAAGAGCACAUCAAUCAAACAAAGCCACAAACAACAAAAUCCCUAAAGAAGCCGCCAAAAAGAAAGCCAUGUCAACAUCUGAUCUCUCGGUAAUACUCCCUCGCGUCCUGAUUGUUUCCAGACGAAGCGUUCGCAAGAACAAGUUCGUUGAUUUCGUCGGUGAAUACCAUCUCGAUCUCAUAGUCAGCUACGGAGCCGUACCGGUCAUCGUCCCCCGAGUGAGCGGAGUCCACAUGCUCUUAGACAGCUUCGAGCCCAUCCACGGUGUCCUCCUCUGCGAAGGCGAAGACAUCGAUCCAUCAUUUUACGAGACCGAAACCUCCAGUCUAUCAUCCGAAGAAUUAGAAGACAUACGAAAACUCCACGCAAGCGACACCACCAUCGACAAAGAAAAGGACACAAUCGAACUAAGACUGGCCAAACUGUGCCUAGAAAGAAACAUACCCUACAUGGGCAUCUGCAGGGGGUCACAAGUCCUAAAUGUGGCUUCCGGGGGUACCCUUUACCAGGACAUAGGGAAAGAACUGUCUUCGAAAUUGCCUGAUAACCAGAGUGUGGUUCAUAUGGAUUAUGAGAACUACGACGGGCACAGGCAUCAGGUGAAGGUCGUCGAAAACACCCCCUUGGAGAAAUGGUUCAAGGAGUCUUUGGAAGGUGAGGAAAGGGAGAUUAUGGUAAAUAGUUACCAUCAUCAGGGGGUUAAGAGAUUGGCUCAGAGGUUUGUACCCAUGGCUUUCGGGCCUGAUGGGUUGGUGGAAGGUUUUUAUGACCCGGAUGCUUAUAAUCCGGGUGAAGGGAAGUUCAUCAUGGGGCUCCAAUUUCAUCCGGAGAGAAUGAGAAAGCCCGAUUCGGAUGAGUUUGACUAUCCGGGUUGUCCAUCUGCUUAUCAGGAAUUUGUCAAGGCAGUGAUUGCUUAUCAGAAGAGGCUAAAUAGCUCAACCAGAGUGCCACAAUCUUUGAAGCUUGAUCAAAAAUUGGAGAGGAAGAGAGAAGACAUUGUACGAAGUUUCUCUGUUGCUAGGAAUUUAUAUACUGGUGGUAGUGAAGUGCACCCGUCGAAGGAAUCUGAGCUUAGAGCAGGGGCAGAAUUCCUUGAGUCAAACACAGCAUUGAGCUUGCAACAAGAGAAGAGGCUGAAACAGAUGGGGGCAACAGUGAGGAAUGCAUCUGCCUGCAUGAACAGGCUGAAGGUGAAUGAAGACAGAGCAAAUUUAGCGAGGAAAGUGAUCGAGAAAAUGUCAGUGGAAAACGUAUCUGAUCUCGUGUCCUUUUACCACAUCAUGGGCAAAAUCUGUUCAGAAGUUUUGGAGAGAAAGCUUCACGGGAUUGUGAACGAACUUGGUCCUUAAACUUACCUUUCUGCGUUUGUUGUCCAAUUGAUGUAGUUGAGGAAUCACAUUAAACUUGAAUCCUCUGGCCUUUUCCUUUAAAUUUGUAUCUAUCUACCCAUUACCUGUUUGUUGACUUUUCGUUUUUCGAAGAAAAAACUUGUGAAAGUGAUUUAUUUCCGCGUU